AUGAGCUCUCUAUCGAAAGACAGUAAUAUCCUGAUUGUAGGAGGCGGUACGUGGGGUUGUUCUACAGCACUCCACCUUGCUCGUCGCGGAUACAAUAACGUGACAGUAUUGGAAGCCCAUCCCAUCCCUUCGCCCAUCUCAGCUGGCAACGAUGUCAACAAAAUCAUGGAAGAGGGAGAACCUUCUGAGACCGAUACUGAAGAGCAAUACGUCUGGAACCGCAUGCAUCAAAUCACGACAAAAUACUGGAAAGAGGAUGAUGUGUUUAAGUCAUUUUACCAUCCCACUGGCAUAAUCUUCAGUGCUAUUUCGGAUGAUGUUUAUGAACAUGUCAAGGGAUAUACGAGAGGAACGGAGAGCGAGUGGGUGUCCCUGAACUCGCCUGAAGAUUUCAAGAAGACUAUGCCAGAAGGUGUCUUGCAAGGCGAUUUUCCAGGCUGGAAAGGGUUCCACAAGGAUCAUGGUGCCGGCUGGGUAUUUGCUCGCGGUGCCAUGGUCUCUGCCUACGAAGAAGCCUCAAGACUAGGCGUCAAAUUCAUCACUGGUGACUCAGCUGGAAAAGUGACAUCACUCCUGUACUCGGACUCGAAGGAUACCAUCACUGGAGCACAAACAGCAGAUGGUACCUCUCACCACGCCGACCAGACCAUUCUAUGCGCAGGAGCAAAUGGUGACCUUCUUUUCGAUUUCGAGCAACAGCUCCGACCUACAGCAUGGACAUUGGCUCACAUACCUCUGUCCGUUGAGGAAGCAGCGAUCUUCAAGAACUUACCUGUGCUAUACAACCCUGAACGAGGCUUCUUCGUUGAGCCGGAUGCCGAGAAGCGAGAGCUCAAGUUCUGCGAUGAGCACCCGGGAUACAUCAAUAUGGUCACGACUGCUACUCCAGGUUACAGCGAAGGAACCAUACACUCACAACCUUUCGCCCGCCAUCAGAUUCCAGUAGAAAGCGAGAUCCGCAUGCGCAAGUUCUUGCAAGAAGCCAUGCCUCAAAUUGCGGACCGCGACUUUAGUUUUGCAAGAAUCUGCUGGGAUGCGGAUACUGUGGAUCGCCAAUUCUUGAUCGAUAGACCCAAAGGCAAAAGCGGGUUGGUGGUUGCAGCCGGAGGUUCCGGGAUGGGUUUCAUGAUGAUGCCCGUAGUAGGACAACUGAUAGUGGACCGUAUGGAAGGAGUGAUGGAGGAGAGGUUGCAGAAGGGAUUGAGAUGGCGACCUGAGCAGGCUGUUGGCAGAGAUUGGCAAGCCAGUGAGUAUCUUUCGUGCUUGAGUGAAACCGAGGAGAUCGCUGACCAUGACUCUCCAGUUCAAGAUAGACACGGUGGCGAAGGCAAGAUCAUGGACUUCCACGAUGUCAAAGAAUGGACGAGCGGCAAGGGUGACAGGAUACCGAACACGGAAUCGCCGAAGGACUCCAAGACGUGCAGUACUAUGUGA